AUGCCAAGAACACGGGCCGGUGUUGGGGCUGGUCAUAAAAGGACGAGACCAAGAUUCAUUCAUUCAUUCUUUCUUUCUUUCUUUCUUUCUUUCACUCAUACGUUCAUUCAUUCUUUCUUUCUUUCAUUCAUACGUUCAUUCAUUCAUUGUUUCUUUCUUUCUUUCUUUCUUUCACUCAUACGUUCAUUCUUUCUUUCUUUCUUUCUUUCACUCAUACGUUCAUUCUUUCUUUCUUUCUUUCACUCAUACGUUCAUUCUUUCUUUCUUUCUUUCACUCAUACGUUCAUUCUUUCUUUCUUUCUUUCACUCAUACGUUCAUUCUUUCUUUCUUUCUUUCUUUCUUUCACUCAUACGUUCAUUCUUUCUUUCUAUCUUUCUUUCACUCAUACGUUCAUUCUUUCUUUCUUUCUUUCUUUCACUCAUACGUUCAUUCUUUCUUUCUUUCUUUCACUCAUACGUUCAUUCUUUCUUUCUUUCUUUCUUUCUUUCUUUCUUUCUUUCACUCAUACGUUAAUUCUUUCUUUCUUUCUUUCACUCAUACGUUCAUUCUUUCUUUCUUUCUUUCUUUCACUCAUACGUUCAUUCUUUCUUUCUUUCUUUCUUUCUUUCUUUCCUCAUACGUUCAUUCUUUCUUUCUUUUUCUUUCUUUUCUUUUCACUCAUACGUUCAUUCUUUCUUUCUUUCUUUCUUUCUUUCACUCAUACGUUCAUUCUUUCUUUCUUUCUUUCUUUCUUUCACUCAUACGUUCAUUCUUUCUUUCUUUCUUUCUUUCACUCAUACGUUCAUUCUUUCUUUCUUUCUUUCUUUCUUUUCUUUCUUUCACUCAUACGUUCAUUCUUUCUUUCUUUCCUCAUACGUUCAUUCUUUCUUUCUUUCUUUUCUUUCUUUCUUUCUUUCUUUUCACUCAUACGUUCAUUCUUUUCUUUCUUUCUUUCUUUCACUCAUACGUUCAUUCUUUCUUUCUUUCUUUCCUCAUACGUUCAUUCUUUCUUUCUUUUCUUUCACUCAUACGUUCAUUCUUUCUUUCUUUCUUUCUUUCUUUCACUCAUACGUUCAUUCUUUCUUUCUUUCUUUCUUUCUUUCACUCAUACGUUCAUUCUUUCUUUCUUUCUUUCACUCAUACGUUCAUUCUUUCUUUCUUUCUUUCUUUCACUCAUACGUUCAUUCUUUCUUUCUUUCUUUCUUUCUUUCACUCAUACGUUCAUUCUUUCUUUCUUUCUUUCACUCAUACUUUCAUUCUUUCUUUCUUUCUUUCUUUUUCCUCAUACGUUCAUUCAUUCUUUCUUUCUUUCUUUCUUUUUUCCUCCAUACGUUCAUUCUUUCUUUCUUUCUUUCUUUCUUUUUCUUUCCUCCAUACGUUCAUUCUUUUUUCUUUCUUUCUUUCACUCCAUACGUUCAUUCUUUCUUUCUUUCUUUCCUCAUACGUUCAUUCUUUUUUCUUUCUUUCUUUCUUUCACUCAUACGUUCAUUCUUUCUUUCUUUCUUUCACUCAUACGUUCAUUCUUUCUUUCUUUCUUUCUUUCACUCAUACGUUCAUUCAUUCUUUCUUUCUUUUUUUGUCUUUCUUUCUUUUUUUGUCUUUCUUUCUUUCAAUCAUACGUUCAUUCAUUCAUUCUUUCUUUCUUUCUUUCAAUCAUACGUUCAUUCAUUCAUUCUUUCUUUCUUUCUUUCUUUCUUUCUUUCUUUCUUUCAUACAUUCAUUCUUUCUUUUUUCUUACUUUUCAAUUCUUUUCCCUAAAAUUAAAUAGCGCCUUUGAUAUAUUUUUUUUCUUCUAUCACUCCUUACAAUCAAUCAAGAAUGGUCCAUUACAUCUAUCUAUCUAUCUAUCUAUCUAUCUAUCAGCCUAA